AUGGAAAAAGUGAGACCACUAGGUGAAACAUCGCCGCUCAAGAUUUUCAUUAAUGAUGCAAAUACAUUCCUAGCUUAGGCAAUUAUAGAGGAAAUCAGAAAUGACCAUUAAGCUUUCGAUUCAGAUACCUUAAAUUCUCAUAAGAUAGUUGCUACAAUAACAGAUAGAGAGAAUGCUAAACCACCCUCUGGAAUAACUAAAAUCAUUGCCAAAAAUAAGAAGAAAGCAGUAUAUUCAAGUAUCUUGACAUCUGAUAUUGUCAUCUUUGAUAUUAAUUUUGGUAGUACUGAAGAUGUAGAUUCAAUUGUGAAAUUUCUGAAAGAGCAGUAAAAUGGAAUCCCAAAACCUAUUACCUUGAUUAUUCUAUCAUCGGUGAUGAGUUGGUCUGGAACAGAUCCUAAAGAACCAAAAAACAAAGAGAUUGUUGAUAACUCAGAGGAUGAGGACAUGACUGCUGAGGAAAGAGAAAGACUAAUGACUACAGAUUUUAUCGAUGAAGAUUAUUUGACAAGAAUGCCCUCAACUAGAUUCGCAAAUCUUAAAUAUAUAGAAAAUUUAGUUCUAUAACUGCCUAAAUUCUAGCCUUUAAUCACUUCUUAUAUUGUAUGUACUGGAAUACUUUAUGGAAACGGAGAAAGAACAUUAUAUGAACACUUUAGAAAAGCAUGGACUGGUACCACAUUACCAUUGCUUGGAGAAGGAAAUAACAGACUGCCCACUAUACAUGUUUAAGACGCAGCUAAACUUAUCAAGAAAAUUAUUUAUGAUAAGCCUAAUUAUCCUUAUAUCUUGGCAGUUGAUGAAGGCAAAUGUACUUAAAAAUAAAUUGUUGAGGCUUUAUCCCAAGGAAAAGAGAAGAGAAUAUCGUAAGUUGAUAUUCUUGAAGUAUAUUCAGAGGAAUGGAGCGACUACCUAAAUAUUGAUAUUGCAAUGAGGCCAUCUAAAUUAUUUGAUUCAUCAUUUCAAUGGACUUGCAGAGAUGGGUUAUGCAAACAUAUUGGCCUAAUUUUCGAUCAAUUUUCUUCUUUUAGAGGAUUGAAUCCAAUUAGAAUUUCUAUUUUUGGUCCUCCCAAAGCUGGCAAAACUAAGCUAGCUAAAGCACUUAAGAAAUUACUUCAGAUACCAAGAUUAAAUCUCAGAGAGGUAUUUGAUUUGGCUAAGAAGAGUUAAAGUUAAAUAGUUAAGAAGAUCUAAUAAAAGGAAAAUGAAAUUAAAGAUAAGUUUGUAGAGGAAUAAUUGGCUGCAAAAAAGAAACCUGCCGAUAUUGAUAAAGACAAAAUUUAGGUUAAAUUCCCAGAUAGGACAGUGGGAGAGGUUGUUAGAUUCGUUUUGAAAUCAUAACUUUAUAAAACAAAGGGACUUAUUUAUGAUAACUUUCCUAAAUCUGAAAAGUAAGCGAAAAGAUUGUUCUACAGUAUUAAAGGUGAAAACGAUCAUGAUGAUGAUGAGGGAUUUUUCAAUCAGCUUGAACAUGCAAAAGUUCAUUUAAAGAAACUUCCGAAUGUUAUUAUCCAUCUUAGAUGCAGUAGAGAAGCUAGUUCCCAAAGAUUUAGGAUUUAAUAGCAAGAAUCAGGGGAGAACAAUAACAAUAUUACAGAGGCUGAAUUCGAGAGAAGAAUGAACGACUAUGAAAAUAACUAUCAUGGUUUGGUUGAUUUCUAUAGAGAUAUGAAAGAUUCUACAGUAAAAAUAGUUGAAAUUGACACAAUGGGGAAGAAACUAGAUGACAUUUAUAGAAUUGCGAAAGAUCAAGUCUUCUAAUACUAUAAAUUUUUGGACUAUCUUUAUGUAAGUGAAGAUAAUGAAAAAGCAUUAAUCGAAAAACUCCAAAAGCAAGAAGAGCUUAGAGUAAGAGAGGAGCAAAUUUAGAAAAAGCUGCAAUAAGAACAGGCUUUGAAACUGUAAUAGCAAUUGGCAUUAUAAAAGGGAUCUGCUUCUGGGCCAGGUUAAGAAAACCGUAGAGUUAAUUCAAGAUUGUAAAAGAUUGAUGAAAAAAAGCAUUUCUUGCUUGAUACAAAAUCACUCCCAAUUAGAUAAUAUUUACUUGAUAAAAUAAUUCCGACUUUGACAAAGGGGAUCAUGGAAAUGACUGAUAAACUUGAAUUUGAAAAAGUAACUGAAGAGGAGAUAUUCAAUGGUACCAAUUUCUUUGAAGGAGAUUUUCUGGAUCAUUUAAUUAGAGUAUUCGAGAUGAAGGGUGAUGAAUUUAGGGAAGAAUACCUAGAAGCACAAAGAAAGAAGGAACUUGAGAAGGAAUUAGAGAGGAAAAAGUCUGAUAAGGGUAAAGGAGAAGAUUCUGAUGAUUAUGAAGAGGAAUCCCCUGAUGAAGUUGAUGCCUCGAACGCUUGA